CGUUAUCAGCUGUUGCGCGUAUCCCCCGUCCCGGCUCGCGCGAGCAGCCGCCUCAGUCGUUUUCGAGGGGCCGAUCCAACCGCGUCCCCACCGUCCCGGUCCCGAGCCGCAGCCGCGCAACCCGAGGGGCGCGCGAGCCCCCAGAACGCCUUCCAACUCCCAGUGAUACCGCCCGCGCGACACACGACCAACCAUGCGAGCCGCGCCCGCUCUCCUCCUCGCCUGCCUCGCCGGCCUCACACAACUUGCCGCCUCUGGUUAUAUCCAACAGCUGAUUAGCGAGCUUGAUAAUGCCGAAAUGGGAGAUGCUGAGUUUAUCGCCUCUGCAGGAGACUGGCGCUAUGGCAGUAAUGAGGAAGACGGGGAUGAAGGAUGGGAUGGCUUAUGCGAGGUGGGGAAAAAGCAGUCACCAGUCGACUUCCCUGAAACGGAGGAGGCAAAAAAGAAUGAGGACGAAGUAGAGCCUUUAGCCUUUUUCCACUAUAAAGAAGCUGUAUCGACCAAUCUCACCAAUAACGGACAUACAGUCGUUUUGAAUAUCAAUCAACCGUGUGACGUUGGCGUUGCGUCGGGUGGUCUUAGGAGCUUGUACUUUCUAGACCAGAUCCACUUUCACUGGAAUUCGGAACAUACCGUCAAUGGUAAAAGGUACGCAAUGGAAGUACAUUUAGUGCAUCACAAUGUGGAAUUAGGAUCUUUUGAUAAAGCUAUCAAGAAAGCACGCGGUGUCGCAGUUUUAGGAGCAUUUGUCACGGAGACAACCCACCCGAACCCGGUGUUCAACAGCGUGAUCGAAGGGAUGAGCGAGGCGCGGGAUGCGGGCGCGGCCACCGUCCUGAAGAGCACUUUCUCGGCGGCCGAUCUCCUCCCCAAGAACGUGGCCAACUUCUACCGCUACGAGGGAUCCCUCACCACGCCGCCCUGCCUCGAAACCGUAGUCUGGACCGUCUUCGACGACACCUUACACGCUUCAAGGGAACAGAUCGAGGCGUUCCGCGAGCUGCAAACGAAAGAAGGCCCGAUGAAAUUCAACUACCGGCCGACGCAGCCCCUGAACGAUCGUGAUGUCACGUGGAUCUCGACGAUCCUCCCGGAGGAGGAGCCGGAACACGUCUUCGCUGAGCAGAACGAGAUCAGCGCCGGCAGACCCACCAAAUCACAAGCCACCGUUCUCAUCCUAAGUUUAGCUUGCAUUCGAAUCAUCCUCAGGACCCUCUCAUAAUGAGAUGGUCAAGCGGUGGGAAAACUCUCCAGUCCAGCUCUUGUUUGACAACUAUCUGCAAUACUGCCGUGCUAAGGAAAACGCCGUAUGAACCUUCAGGCGUUGCCAAAUUUCCUUUGAUAAAACAAGAAUUCUC